CGCCGCGCCGACCAACAAAUAUGUCUGCGCCCAUGUGCGCGACUGCGGCGUGAAGGUGAUUACGUGCUUUGGACGAGAAUCUCUGCAUAACACCGCCGGUGUGAUUACGAGCAGGAGGGAAGGUGACGCCGGGGGAGUUCUACAAAACAAGCAGUCUACGUGCGUCAGCACACGAAACUCAGAACGUACCGCAAGCAUGUCGAAGAUCUCCAGGGCAGCAAAGACCGUAAAAAAGGUGGAAGUGGGGAAUGUGAUUCGGAUGAUUGUUCGGGCAGGGCAGGCAGCACCUGGGCCCCCUCUGGGUCCUGUCCUGGGACAGCGGGGCAUCCCCAUCGGUCAGUUCUGUAAGGACUUCAAUGAGAAAACAAAGGACAUCAAGGACGGCAUUCCCCUCCCCAUCAAGGUCCACGUGAAGCCUGACAGGACGUAUGACAUAAAGAUCGGCCAGCCCACGGUGUCCUACUUCCUCAAAGCAGCCGCGGGCAUCGAGAAAGGAGCCGGCAAAACAGGACAUGAGGUUGCAGGCAUGGUGUCCGUGAGAACGGUGUAUGAGAUUGCCCGGGUCAAAGGCAAGGAUGAGUGUUUUGUUUUGCAAGAUGCCUCCAUGGAGACGAUAGUCAAGACCAUCAUCGGCUCUGCUCGCUCAAUGGGCAUCAAAGUAGUCAAUGACCUGUCUGCAGAGGACUACAAGGAGUUCCUGCAGAAGAGGGAAGAGAAGCUGAGAGAGGAGCAAGAACUAGCAGCAGCAGAAGCUGCACAAGCAAAGACAAAGUGACAGUUCAGGCACAUGUAUAUAUGUACUGAUUUAUAUAUGCACCCAUAGUUUUUGUAUUUUAUUAUUGCUAAUAAACAUAAUUAUGUGUUGCUGAUGUGUUAUUUCCCCUUUCUUAUGUUUCUUUUUGCUGUUUAUUUAGGUAGAUACUGGCAAAAUUAUUUCUGUUAACACUAAUGGUGAUAUCAGUUGUGGCUAGUUCAUAAGGUGGGAUGCUUAAAUUUUGGCUCCACUCCAGAGACCCACAACUUUGAUAUUUCCCCCCCAUAUUGAUUUUGUUCUUCCAAGGAAGGUGAGGAUUAUUGGUUCCCCCAAUUCACUCUCUGCUGAGAAGGGACUGAUAAACAAUCAAGGGUUGUUAUGGACAGAUUUCAACCAUCUGAUGAAGAGUGAUUGGUCCUCUGGUCGCUCUCUCCAUUGAGAGCCAUACUAGUUCACCACUGGAGGCAGAUGUGGCAACUUGGAUGAAAGUGAUGUGAUGAAAGAGUUAAAUGGUCAAAUGGUCUGGUUAAGAGAGCCAUGCACGUGCUACGUAAGACCUGUCUGACCAAAGGAGCCAUAUGGAAGCCAAUCUCGAAAAGCUGGACGGUGUCAAUGCUGAAUUGAACUCUCCUCCUCUACUGCAGCGGUGGAACUAAAAUUUCACCAGCUUUACCGAUCAUGUGAUUACCAUUGUCAAACACCCGUUUGAGGAAUAUUCUAACCUGGUUUCCCCGAACAAGUCGCACUCAAAAAGCACGGUAUGAUCUUUAAACAUACUCGUCUGCAUCUGCCGACUGACGUGGAGAAGACAAAAAUUUGAUGACAUCGCCGGUUUUUCUGCAGCAGAAGAUCUACCGUGGUCCGUCUGUCCAAGUUCGACUCAGAUGUCUGCACAAAGGGAAGAUCCUUCAGUUCAAUGACCUGAAGGUUCGCCACGGCGAUUCUGGAAACUACAAGGCUGAGACUGGUUCACGCUAGUAGGGUUUCUUUCUGCUAUAUUUCUGUCAUGUUUCCUUUCUGGUGUCUGCUGUUCUAGUGUGAUUUUUCUGGUUUGGAAGAAAACACUGGGAGGUGGUUUAGUCAUAAUCUAUGGUGAGCUCUGGGGUGGGGGGAGGUGUAGUCAGUCAGAAGUUAAGGAGCUGCGUUCCCUGCCUGGCUCCCGUAAAUAAAGCGGUGGUUGAUGGACUCUCUGACACGGAUAUUUCUCUAGCCUCUCUUAUCUUUUCUCUUUUUCUGCUUCUUCAUUGAGUCACGUGUUUUAAAUCUUUUAAUAAUAUGACAAGGCUGUACUAAAAAGGUUUCAUUCUCGCUUUAAUGUUUCAUGGUCAAAUUAGUGAUUUUAAAUGGAAAUACAACUAUCUGGGUUUUCAAAAUCAAAAAGUAGGAGGA